AUGAAUAAGGAAGUGUGUAAAAGGUUCAAGAAAGCAUUGGAUGCUUUUCCCGAUACGUUGGACGAAAGUGGAAAUUAUCAAUUUAAAGAUAAUAAUUCUUUAAAUAAUUAUACUUGUAAUAAUAAUGAUAAUACUUUAAGUGGUUUUUGUAAUAAUAAUAAUAAAUUUCAAAGUGAUUUCGAUAAAAUAAGUGCUGGAUGUUUAUAUUUGUUGGAUGAAUUCAUUAAGAAUUGUGGUGUGGUUUUCUCUCCUGCAAAAAAUAACAUCAAUAUUGUUGAUUACAUUUUGAUAUGGUUAAGUUAUAUGAUAAACCUGAAAUAUAGUGAAGAAGAAGACAUUAUAACGUGUUUUUUUAGUUCAUAUAUAUAUGAUUGUGAUAAGUAUAAGACGAAAAUAAAUGAAUUAACUGAUUAUAAGGAUUAUGAGAAUUAUAAGGGUAUUAUAGAUAAAAAAUGGUAUUUGUUGAGUAUGGAUAGUAUUAUUAUAUCUAAAUUUUAUGAUGCAUUUAAAUCAUUAUGUGAAAUGUAUACUGAAUUUGAUGAAAAUAAGGAAGAUUGCACAAAAUGUUCGAAAAAAGCUAGUCAAUUUGUUGAAAAAUAUGAAGAACUUUACAAGGAUUAUAAUAGCACUAAAUACAGUUCAUAUAAACAAGUAUUGUGUACUUUAUCAACCGAUUAUGAUAAUUUAAUAAAGAAAUGUAAUGAUGGUAAGCCUCUUCCAGAGAUAGACAAAACAAAAAUUCCUGAAAAUUGUUUUGAAGAAACUUCUGAAAAAAUUCAUGUAACAGGAUAUGAAGAAUUGUCUGGAGAAUUUUCUGGAGAAUUUUCUGAGGUUACAUUAUCAGAAUCAUCACUAGUAAGUAAAUUAUUUAUAGUUUUAUCGAUAUUUGGUGCAAUAGCAAUUUUCUUGGGAAUUGCUUAUAAGUAUUCGUUAUUUGGAUUUCGGAAACGAUUUCAAAAACAAAAAUUAAGAGAAAAACUAAAAAAUAUAAAGAAGAGACUGAAUCAUUAA